AUGGCUUCCGAAGAAAAUGGGUCGCACUUUGGGGCAUCAAGUGCAAACAUGCAACAACUCGAAGAGUUCAGUAUCGAGGAGACCGCACAGACAAUGAAGUCUAAUGCACCAGGAUUGUGGGGAUUGCUUGGGAUUCUACUCGGCGAGGAUGAGAGGUUGGGAAGUAACGAAGACGUGGUCAUGAGCAAUGCGGAAGAAGUUGUCGAUGACUAUUAUUGGGAUCAGGUGGAAGCAAUAGAACUCGAGGGGUUCAUCAAUGCACUCACCUCUGAAGGGGAUACAGUGGCCUUGAAGCGAGAUAUUCACACAAAUAGACGUGCCGCUAUAUGUAACAUUAAAAAGGUCGUGAUUUUGAGUAUCAUGAUGCAGAGUAUGAACCGGAAAUCCAAUGCACUACAGAGCAUCAUCGGGAUAUUCUUGCAGUCAAUGCACACACCGCAAAAUGUCGUCGACACUCUCGCUCGCAUCGGAAUAUCAAUAUCCACAGAUGCCAUUCAUGCUGCAGUGAAAUCUAUGUCAGCCGAAUCACAAAAUGCGAUGCGAGAACUUGGUCAAAGUCUCCUCGCGUCAUAUGCCUAUGACAAUUUUGAUGUUGACCUCAAAUCUCACCUUCCUGUCGUGGAAAAAUCAAAUGAUUCACUGAAACACCUUACCUCCGGCCUAAUGUUUCCGCUGCGACAUGGUAUAACUAUUGAUGAUUUGAAAUGCUCCGAAGAGCUCUGGAAGCAGUCAGCUUUGAAUACUCAAGCAAUAGAACAGGACUUACCUCCCCAUAGAACUUGGAAGGAUCUUCUAUCCAUCCACUCCAAGUCCGAAGUCACCCGAAACCUAACAAGACGGGACCGUUUCAACGCAUGGUUAUUCUUGAUGGAUCUAUGCACUCACGGACCAGAGUAUUUCCACCUCUUCAAGUCGGAGAUACCCCCACCUGAAGUUAUCGAAGAAAUACCCUUACACAAAACAUCAAUCACAGCUGCUCGGGCAAUGGAUAUCAAUAAUUCAACUGUUAGUGGGAACAUACGCGCAGUCACAGAACUUCUAGCGCAGGGAGGAAUUUACGAUCCGGUUGGCUCUGAAUUAGAGUCACCAGAUAUCUCCCAGCACGUAGUUCUAAUUCACGGAGACCUUGGAACAGGUGAACGUCUUCAAGCGGCACAAAUACGGCGCUCCAUCGAGGCCACCCCAUGGGACCGGUUGCAACACAUUAUUUUCAUUCCCGGUCUUUUCCAUUUGAAGAUGGCAUGUGCCGAUGCCAUCUGGCGGUGUUUCCUGCAACCAUUAUCAGCAAGAGAAGACGAUACUAGUCUUAUGCGAGACAUCACGCAACUUCGACCCAGGGAGACUGGAAUAUACUGUUCCAAACCAGGAUUUCGACGGAUGCAUGUACUCAUCGGCAGUUCCGGCACCUGUCGUCGGCUCGAUUGCUGGCGGAUCCAUGUGAAAAACAAGUCUCCUGCUUAUAGCAGCCUCGAGGAGUUUGCAGCAUCUAAACCUGUCCUGAAUGAGUUGAUAAAAAUGGCAGAUGAAUUGGCGCAGACUUACGUAGCAAAUUAUAAGCUCCACCGCAUCCGUCGAAGGCCAGAGGAGGAGCGAGAUGUCCAAUUUGAAAACUCGCUCUUGAUGAACAAAUACUUCCUACUUUACGAGGAAUUAUCAUAUGCAAUGAACCGUGGGGACAUUGGACGCACCGAAACAUGCAUAGUUGCAUGGAUCCCUAUACUCAAAGCGACGGGCAAGCACAAGUACGCCACGCACAUGUCGAAUUUCCUCAUUAAUCUUCACUUCGUAUAUCCGCCUGGACUCCGACGCGCAAUACGUUACCAUAUUCUUGUUAAUCCCACCGGCAAGGAAACGAGUUGGCGUGCUGUCGACUGGUGUGUUGAAUUGAACAAUUUGUUUACAAAGGUCAAAAAUGGCGGCAAGGGACCCAACCGCACCGUCGAGCGCAUUUUCCUCGAGUCCCCACUGGUACAUGCAUACCGGAAUGCUCAGACAAUGAUACAAAAGAAUUUUCUACUUGCGCACCUCACGGCAAAACACGCUGGACCAAACAUGAGGAAAACAUUUGAAUUACUAUCUAUUCAGCUCGCCAAACAAUCCCCACACAUCCCAACACCCAGCAGGAAAAAGUCGGUUUCUGAUUCUUGA